GCCCUUUGAACGGGACCACUGCCUUGUUGCCGCCGAAUACAACCGCUACGGAAAAUAAGUAGGGUAAACGCACCAGGCGUUGAGCGCGGGGUGAAGUGGUGGACUGGGUUGAUGCAUCUGUACAUGUCACAAGAUUCCCACGAUGUUCAGGCUUUUUCUCAUUCCUCAGUCCUUUCUUUGGCUCUUUUUUUUUUUUUGUGUGUGUGUUUCGUCUUUUUGGUCUUUGGGUCGGUCAAGGCAGGCGUUGUCAGGAUUCGGAUGGUCCCAACUAGUCUAUUCUAGGUUUGGCCAAAUCAAAAGGAAUUGACAAAAUGACGUUGGAAAUGCGAUCACUCCCGCAACGUUGACUGAGUUAAUGGGAGAGAGGGAGGGCAAUUUUGUAGCACAGCGAGUUGAUUCAAUGGAACCCAACAGCAGGGAAUUGGCGUGGCUCUUCGAUAACCUCCCGCCAACCAGUUGUUGAUGCCUGUGCAGUUCG